CCGUGCGUGUCAUCCGUUCCAGACUGGCAUUUACUUGAAAUUGGCAAUGAGGCAGUACGUCGAUAAAAUGGGAAAGACUUCGUCCAAAGCCUCAUCUGAUCACUCGUGUCUACCGAGUCCGUGAUUUCACCAGUUGCGGAUUUUCCAGAGCUGUUCUGUCCUUGCAAAGUCACAGAGCCCUCUGUCGCUUCUCCAUGCUACAGAAUGCUCAGGCUGUUUGUUGUCUUGGUUCUAGUCGGAUUGCUGUUAGCGUCCCUUGCUUCCUGGGUGAUAGACAGCUAUGAUACGACUUUGCACCUGAAGCGGAGUUUGGGUCAGGUCAGCGCUGAAAAGGCUGCUAAGGCCACUGGGCCUCCAUAUCCGGGUGGGGAACUGAAUAACAUAUUUUGGUUUGUACAGGUAUCCGACAUUCAUAUCAGUCGCUUCCGUGACCCGCGCCGUGUUCCAGAUUUUGAGAAGUUUUGCACUGAAACUAUUGAUGUGAUUAAACCUGCUCUUGUACUUGCAACAGGUGACUUGACAGACGCUAAGACAGAGAAUAAAGUGGGUUCCCUUCAGCAUGAAGUAGAGUGGCAAGCUUACCACAAUGUUUUGAAGAGAUCACAUGUCAUGGAGCGCACCAAAUGGAUUGACAUCCGAGGAAACCAUGAUGCUUUCAACAUUAUUUCUCUGGAGAGCGUUAACAACUACUACAGGAAGUACUCAGCAGUACAGAAGGUGGGGUCAUUUCACUACAUCCACAAGACUCCUUUUGGCAAUUACUCCUUCAUCUGUGCCGAUGCCACCCUCACCCCCGGACCCAAAAGGCCUUACAAUUUCUUUGGCAUUCUUGGCGAGGACCAAAUGAAGCAGCUGGCGGUGUUCCAAGCAGAGAGCGACAGUAGCAAUCAGAGCAUCUGGUUUGGUCACUACACCACCUCCACCAUCAUCUCUUCCUACCCUGGCAUCAGGGACUUGAUGAGUUCGGCUGUGGCAUACCUGUGUGGGCACCUACAUACCCUGGGUGGGCUGGUGCCAGUUCUUCACAGCAGGCAUUCGUCCGGCACUCUGGAGCUUGAGCUUGGGGACUGGAUGGACAAUCGCAGAUAUCGCAUGCUGGCUUUUGACCAUGACCUGCUGAGUUUUGCAGACCUCAAAUUUGACGAUUGGCCUGCAGUGAUUAUCACCAACCCCAAGGAGGCGCUGUAUAUGAAGCCCGGCGUGGAGCCUCUGGAACGCAUUCGCAGCUCCACACACAUCAGGAUCCUGGUCUUCUCUGUGGCCCCCAUUAGAGAGGUGCAUGUCACUGUGGAUGGUGCUCCUUGGGGGAUAGCCUACCCAGUCGGAGGUCCACUCUAUGUGGUGCCCUGGGACCCCUCAGUCUUCAGCAGUGGCUUACACACUCUGUCCGUGAUGGUGGAGGAUGCAGCAGACCGUGUGAAGGUUCGAGAGCAGCAGUUCACCCUGGAGGAGGACCUGACGCCCAGUUUUGGCUUUGUCCAGUCCUUUAUUCUUCUUACUGACCACUACAUUCUGGGACGUCUUGGAUUUGUGGCGCUGUUGCUGCUCAAUGUUGGUCUUCUUGUGGUGUUCCGAUUCCAGCGUGUUCCGGGGUGCAGAGGGGUCCUGUCUCCAGUGUACACGUCUUUACACCUCGUCAGCAAAACAGACCUGUUCUACUACUCUCUGCUUCUCUUCAACCUGUGCACAGCAAUAGGUCCCUGGUUCAUCGGUGAGGUGAUCGACGGUCACAGUGGUGCUUGUUUUGCGUUUGGCGUGUUUGUUGAUGGAUACUUCCUGGAGGGCAGCCUCACCUAUGUUGUUGGAAUCCUCCAGCUGGUCUUCUUCAACAUCCCCCUCAACUGCUACCUUUGCUGGAGCCUCCACCUGCGCUGCCGCGGCAACUCCCUGGGCUCGCACCUGUGCCGGCCGGGCUGCCGGCGCUGGGCGGCGCUGGUGCACCUGGGCAUGCUGGCGCUGCUGCUGUGGCAGGCCUACUCCUGCUACUUCCUGCUGGAGGCGUACGGCGUGCUGGCCUUCGUGCUGUCGCCCCUGCGCACCUGGGCGCUGCUGCUGAGCCUCCUGCUGAUCUACCGCGCCUGGAAGGGCCCCGUGCCGCACCUGCGCAGCGACAGCAAGGCCAGCUUGGCCUCGUGACCCUGUGCCAGCGCCAACGCUAGCGGGGCCUCGGACACUGUACAAUAACACGUGUUCGGUUUGGACUUUGUUUUUUUUUUGUAGGAUUACAAUUAUUUCAGAUGUUCAGGUGCCAAUUUAUUUUUUCUCUCUCUCUCUCUUAGCUGUAUCCUCCCCCUCCCUCUGACACAACACCUGCAUUUAUGUUUACCUCAUUAUGUGGAAAAGAAGAACAUUAUAUGCUGACAGAAACCUAGUGCAGAAGAGCGGUAAGCUCAGAACUCGCGUCUUUGUUUGUACUGUGAAUGGGUCCCGUGCUGCUGAGUUCUUAGUCUGGCGACCAGAGCUUGAUCGUUUCUGAUGAUUCCAGGAGGUUAGGGUUCGUUUAGGUUUAGCUGUUGACAAAUUAUACCUCUCCAGAAGAAAUGCUUAGCUGAUAGGUGUUUACUCAUCCUCUACUAACCAAUGUCAUUAGUCCGGCCAGUUGGGCCUGUCCCCGGUGCCAAGACAUGGUCAGCACUGCCAGUCACUCCUCUGACAAUCUCCCCACUACACACUUUUCUGUCUUUCACCCUUUUGGCACUUUCAGAGAGUCCCUUGAAUCAUCACACAACCCUGCAAGACAAAUCAGUGGACAGAUCACACAUUUCUGAUCCAUUUCUGAUUCCUGUGCUCAAAAGGCAGCAUUUCUAUUUUAUUGUUUUUUAAUUAUUAUGAGAAUUAUUUCAUUUUCCUAAUUUGAAUCAAUAUUCCACUAUUUUGUGUUUUGGGUGUGAUAUGUAUGGCAAAUUGAAAAAAAAAAAAAACCUUUGAAUUUGCAGUGUUUCUGUUUGGGCCAUUUCAUGAUGAAGGUAUUGAUGUUCUAUGUUCUAUAUCCCUAAUCGUUCUCCCUUAGCACAGAUAUUGCCAUGUGCCGUGAGAGUAAUGGUGUGGGGUAAAGCCUUAUCCUAGUAUAGCAUUCCUAUUCUUAGGCCAUUUCUUUAACUUUAGAGGAGGCUCAUAUUUCAUGUGUUAAGAGUGUUGUUGGAUUUUUUCCAGAGAAAUGAUUCUUCAUGCCUUACUAGCUAAUUGCCAAGUAACUUAGUUGUUUUCAUUGGCAACUAAGUUACGUUUAUAUGUUUAAUUUAAGCUUUUACAUGGAACUCUUGUUCCUUGACUAAAUCUCGAAAUGGCACUAGAAAUUAAUACUUUAAAAUAACCACUAUGAAGAUCAGUUAUGAAUAUGAAGAUCACAGUUCAAGUUAAUCAACUGUUUAAAAAUAGUCUGAGGAAUAUUGAUCCUUUUCCUCUUCAAAAAUGUUUAUCAGACAAAAUUAAAAUUUAGCCAACACAUUCAAGGGAAAUGCUCGCUGCUUUCUUUGUACAGAUGAGCUGUGGGCGACAAUGUAGCAAAUUUGUUUCAUGCUGAUUUUUAAAAGAACGUCUGCUUCCUUUUGCACAAGGUAAAGAUAGACAAUUUAUUUUUUGAAGGCUUGGUUGGCAUUGCUCUGAAUGAAUUGUUGAAAAAAAAAAUGCACUCUUAGGAAGCAAGCAGGACAGAAUGGGCAUUCAAACAAAGGACCUCCCUCCAUUUUGAAAAGAACCUGUGUUGCUGCAUUCACCUGGUGACACUUCACCAGAGAAUGCACAGUGGAGCAUUGUCUAGCUACCCCUCUGCAUGGGGUAGGGUGAUCAGUCAGGUCUUUUCAUUCUUUAUUUGCUGUUUUUUGCUGUUUUAUGUCGUUUCAGUCUUUUCAGUUGGCGUUUCUGCUGUCUCAGGAAUGUAGAUGCGAUCUGUUAGCAGUCUGAUGGAAAUCAAAUUUGAAGUGUGGGACUGUAGUUUUUUUCUCCAGCUUUUAAAAGAACAUUUUAGACAUGUUAUAAAUCAUUAUGGUAAUAAGAAUCAUGAGCAUGAAGCGACAUUCAGGUUUGAUUUGUGUUUGUUAAAUGUGACUUGUGGUGAUGAAUGCAAUUAUGAAUGUUUGCUAUAUUUUUUUAAAAGGAAAAAAAUGUGUGGUUUGAUCUUCCACAUUAUUUAUUAUUUGUGAGUUCUUUUAGGUUUAUACUUUUGUGUUUUUUUUUUCUUUAUGAACACUGGAUGAACAUACAAAUUCAUGUUUUUGUAAUUUUAUUGUGAUGAGAAUAAAUGGGUUUUGACCACCAA